AUGUGUGGUAUUUUAGGUAUCGUACGUGCCGAUGAGCAAGCCAACGUUGCAAAUGAGUUAUUUGAAGGUGCUAUGUUUUUACAGCAUAGAGGACAAGAUGCAGCUGGUAUCGUUACAUGCGGAUCUAGAGGUAGAUUCUAUCAGUGUAAAGGAAACGGGAUGGCCAGAGACGUUUUCACACAACAAAGAAUGAAUAACUUGGUUGGUAACAUGGGUAUUACGCAUUUGCGUUAUCCAACUGCAGGUUCUAGUGCUGGUAGCGAGGCCCAACCAUUCUAUGUGAACUCGCCAUAUGGUAUCUGUAUUAGUCAUAAUGGUAAUUUGGUGAACUCGAUUGAAUUGAGAAAUUACCUUGAUGAAAAGGUACACCGUCAUAUAAACACUGAUUCUGAUUCCGAAUUGCUUAUCAAUAUCUUUGCAGCGGAAUUAGAGAAAUUUAACAAGUCGAGAGUGAACAACCAGGAUUUGUUUUUGGCGUUGAAGGGAACAAUGGAAUUCAUCAGAGGAGCCUAUGCAUGUGUAGCCAUGUUGGCAGGUUAUGGUAUUAUUGGUUUCCGUGAUCCCAACGGUAUCAGACCAUUAUUGUUUGGUGAAAGAUUGAAUUCGAACGGCACGAUCGAUUACAUGUUAGCAUCCGAAUCGGUUGUGUUAAAAGCACAAGGUUUCGAUAAAUUUAGAGAUAUUAAACCCGGUGAAGCUGUUAUUAUCCCAAAAGGUAACAACCGUGGUAAUAAGCCUGAGUUCCGUCAAGUUGUCGAGCCAAAACAAUUUGCACCAGAUAUUUUUGAAUAUGUUUACUUUGCCAGACCUGACUCGGUUUUGGAUGGUGUUUCUGUUUAUAGAACGAGAAUUGACAUGGGUAACAAGUUGGCCGAAAAUAUCACCAGAUCAUUCUCAGGCCAAGAUAUUCUUAACGAAAUCGACGUUGUGAUUCCUGUACCAGACACUUCGCGUACUUCGGCCUUGCAAUGUGCCGUGUCGUUGAAACUUCCUUACAGAGAAGGAUUCGUUAAGAACAGAUACGUUGGCCGUACGUUCAUCAUGCCAGACCAACAAGAAAGAAGAUCGUCGGUGAGAAGAAAGUUGAAUGCGAUGGAAUCCGAGUUUAAAGGACGCAGUGUGUUACUUGUUGACGACUCGAUCGUCAGAGGUACCACCUCGAAGGAAAUCGUAGCGAUGGCCAGAGAGGCCGGUGCUAAAAGAGUGUUCUUUGCUUCGUGUGCGCCACCAAUCAGAUUCAACCACAUAUACGGGAUCGAUUUGGCGGACACCAAAGCGUUGAUUGGGUUCAAUAGAAACGAGCAGGAGAUUGCCGAGGCUAUCGGUGCCGAUAGGGUAUUCUACCAGGACUUGCAGGACUUGAUCGACUGUUGUAAACAAAAAGGCAUCGAUAAUUUCGAAGUUGGUGUUUUCACCGGAUCGUAUAUCACCGGGGUCGAAGACAACUACUUACAGGAAUUGGAAAAGAUUAGAGCCCAAAACCAGAGAUUGAGACAACACGACGCCAACGGCAACGUCGAAGUGUGCGAUGUCGACGUCAAGGCGGAUGUAGACAUCAGUAUCUACAACGGAGGUGAUUACCAAUGA